AUGGAUAUCGAUUACAUCAAUAAUCAAGUAGCCACGUUCUAUAAAUUUUUGUUUCUUUUUAUUGGGACAAUUGGUAACUGCCUGUUUAUUCAUUUGAUUUUUAAAGUGAAACAACUUCGUUCGAGAUCAUCCCUCCUCCAAUCUGCCCAAUGUGUAUUCCAAACUUUAUGCUUAUUUGGAACUUCUCUUUGUGCUCUACUAACACUGAAACUCAAUAUCAAACGAAGAGAAUGUUUCAUGUAUAUUUCGUUUUAUGUCUAUUCGCAAGCUGCUCAAGGCGUGCUGAUGUUAAUAAUUAUGCUGGACUUGUUGAUAUUAAUCAAAUUCCCACUACAAUACAUGAACAUUGCUAGUCGGAAAUACCUUUUUGUAAGUUUUAUGCUUGUUAUUUUAUAUUCAUCAAGUGUCACUCUAUUUGGAUAUCUCACAACAAAUGAUGAUACCAUCCAUGUUUGCAAUCCAGUUUUUGCACUGAACACCACAGCCAGUUUGAUUUCAAAAAGUUUAAUAUUGUUCAUGAGCUCAAUUACCUUAUUCGUGUACAUAAUUAUAAUAAUAUUGUAUAAAAAGAAAAAAGAUGGACGAAAUGAUGAUUCUUCAAAAAUUCUGAACCGUCUGAAAGUUUUGGUUGUCAUCUAUAUUUUUACAUGGUUUGUCAAUCAAAUCUUUGCAAUUUUAUUCCUGCACGAUAAUGGAACUGUAAAAUGGGAGAAGAUGUUGUUCACACACAAUGCAUUUUUCAUAGUUUUGUCAAACAGCAACACAUUUUACGUGACAAUGUGGAAAAGCGAAGAAUACCGAAAACAUUUUCGUUCACUAUGGGGACUUAACAAGCGUUUCGAUGUUAAAAGGUCAAGCACAUUGGCGAUGUUUUAA